AUGAAACCACUUAAAUUGUUUUCAUUUUUGUUGGUUUUCCUAGCAUUGGUUGUUCUCGCAGUUUUCCUAUUCUUCAUAUUUAGGAAACCCGAUACGAAAAAGGAAACUGAAGAGACAAAGACAGAGGAAACAACAAAAACACAACCAGUGCUAGCCGGCAACGUUUUGAACGUGGUUACACAUCUGUCCAACGACAGAGUUAACCUGCUGGCGUCAGGCCUAGGAAAUUCAUACCUGCUCGACGCAAGGUCGAAAGCAAACUCAUACACAUUUAAUGGAGUCACAGUUUCAGUAGUUUCAGGAGAAGUGAGUAACCAGCCAGGGUACUCGAAAUACACACACACUCUGCCCAAGGCAUACAAGGGCACCAAGUUGGUGUUCGACGCGGACGCGACACACGAUUCAUUCGAGGACCCAGUCACAAAACUCACAACAUACUUUUGGUUCAACACAAUGCUAUUCAUGACAUUCACAACACAGUCAGAGGGCGAGGCGCCCGCACUAAAAUACUACCACUUCUCGUCGCACGUGUCGAACAACACACUGAAGUGGGACCGCUUCGACAGAGAACCUACGACGGAGCUGGACCCAUCAGUGCUCGUCGCUAAGCUCGACGAGGUUAACCUGGCAGCAGGAAACGUAGUGGCACUGCACCUGGACGAGUACCUGGAGGAGGCGACCGGCUCGUACAGCACGACGCUUAACUCAGUGACCUCGAAGGUGAGUCUCCUGAGGAGGUCGUCGUCAUCGACGGGAUUCGUCAAGGUGACGCACAAGCUGAUGCAAGAGGUGGAAAACGGAAACAGCAGACCGUUCAAGCUGAGGAAGCUGAGGGUCUCAGGCACGGAGCUGGCAGACCUGGCGCUGACGACGAAGCCAGUCGUCUCAAUGUCGGUCUUCUGGUGGUACAACAUGCCGCUGCUGGCGGAGCUGGACCUGCACGGAGGAGACCGAGAACACCUGGCCUACAACGUGGACACGAACAACUGGGAGAAGGAAAACGUGGAAAAGCUGAGAGCGAAGCUCUUCCUGCUGAAGAAUAAGCUGGGUGAGCCGGUGACAGUGGACCUGUCGAAGUCAGGAGACCACGACCAGACGUACACGAGCAACGCAGUGCUGGUGCGCGUGAGUCCGGGCGCCACAGCGUUGAGAGAAGUGAAGAAGUACACACACAGGUUCACCACAGGAAACGCGCACUUCGUAGGCUCGUUCGUUAACUCAGGCACGGCGCAGCUGGGGUUGCCGGUGAUGAGAGUAGUGGAGGUGGCAGUGUACUACGUGAAGGGAGUGCCGCUGCUGCUGAAAGUUAACCUGGCGACAGCAGGAAGCCUGGCCUCGAAGUUCCGCUACUACACGAGCAACGGCUACCGAGUGUGGACGGUGGCGGAGCUGACGAAGGAGGUGGCGACGACGGAGGCGCUGCUGAAGAAGCUCAACGAGGAAAACCAGAGACUGCUCCAGGAAAACGACAAGUACGUGCUCGACGCAAUGAUGCUGGCAAACUACAUGUCGACAGGAAGAGUAGUGGAGGUGACGAAGGAAACAUUGACCGACAUGCCGGGCUACUACGUGUACAAGCACCAGGCGUUCAACGGAGUGCCAUUCAAACUCGAGAAGUUCACAGUGGGAGGAAAGGACGUGGGCCCCUCGGUGGCCACAGUGGAGGGCGUGGCGUACGCGAAGAUGUACCUCUUCCUGAACAUGCCGCUGCUGCUGCACGCGCACGUCCCGCCAGCAGCACAAGGCCCGGCAGGAGCAGACACAUACUUCUCGUUCAACGCGACCACCACGGAGUGGACGAAGACGGAAGCGGAUCUGUCGUCAGCCGCAGCGCUGAAAGAGCACCUGUCGAAACUCAGAGGAACUAUGAGCUCAGUGACGCUGAACCUGGGCCACACGGAAGGAGAGUACAAGUCGGGCAUGGUGACGGUGCAGGUGGUGGAAGCGACGCCGUACGAAAAUGACCCGCCGACGUCGUACACGAAGAGAGUGCACGUCCUCACGCCGGCGUUCCCAGUGGACGUGGUGAAGCACUUCGACUUCAACCUGGUGCUGGCGAAGAAGGAGACGGCGAGCAGCCCCUACGAGACGCCGUCGAAGGACCCGCUGCUGCCGAAGAACUUCGUGGUCUCGAAGGCGGAAGUGUACUACUUCGGAGACGUGCCGCUGUACUUCACAGUGCACGGAACGCACGGGACGCCGCUGCGCUUCUCGAACGUGUUCAGAGGGACGCUGUGGAGAGAGGAUGACAUGCACACGAGAAUGUCGCUCUCAGACAUGCUCGUAGCGCUGAGCGCCGAGCUGCGGGCAGCGGCAAGGUUCGACGUCUGCAAGGACGCACCAUCCGACACAGUGGUGACGUACAAGCUGAGGCACCUGGGCUCGAAGGAGACCACGAACGUGACGGUGACGAAGACGGAGGGGGCGGACGGAGUGACGCUGCUGGCGCACAAGAUGCCAGAGUCAGUGACGCUUAAGUUCACGACGCUGACGUGCGGAGAGCACGUGCUGACGGGCCUGUCGAUGGACGACGUGUCGAAGGUGUUCCUGUACAGAAGGUACAAGGCGCCGCUGUUCCUGAAGCUUAACUCGGACCCGAGGUUCUUCGCACUGAGCGGAGACGGGGGGCUGACGCGGUACGUGCCCCCGGCAGGAGCGACGGACAUGACGGAAGAGCAGGUGAAGGCGAAGGUGUCGGAGCUCUCGACGAUGGUGGGAAAGGUCUUCGACCUCGACCUGAUGAGCAAGGCGGACUACACGCUCCUCAACUCGCACUUCACAGUGACGGAAACCACAGUGGGAGGCUUCAAGAGGCGCCUGCACGCGCUGAAGACCGCGGGAAGGACGCCGCUGCCGUUCACACUGAGGUCCCUCGUGCACGGCACCAAGGACGCAGUGAUGUACCCGACGGGUUUGAAGGUGGCCUGGGUCGCAGUGUUUUUCAAGAACGAAGAGCCGUUCUACCUGCAGGUUAAGGAGACCUCACGGCCCGUGCACCACCACUUCGUAAACGACAGCGGCCUCUGGCUGCCCGACGGAGUGUACGACCACUUCGAGGACGAGGACAUGGGAGACAGACUGGAGGGCCUGAAGGACGGCCUGGGCAACGAGUUCUCACUCGACCUCUCGGAGAAGGUGGACAACCCGCUUUUCGAAGUGGACAUGGCGGACUUCGCGCCGGUGCCAGGCUUCACGAAGCACACGUACAACCCGAAGAAGCUGGAGUACCCGCUGCUGCUGAAGGACCUGAAGGUGGCGGAGACGGAGGUGAACCUGCCCUUCGCGGACAAGCACCUGAAGCGCUUCUCAGCGUACUCGUUCAGGAAAAACUUCCUCUUCUUCCACUCGGUCUCGCACGACGACAAGGACGAGUUCUUCAAGACGAACUUCGCAGGCUCCUUCGAGAAGGUGGAGUUCGAUGUGUACAACGAGGGAGUGCUGAAGAAGGAGCUCGAGGGGCUGAAGAAGAGGCUGGGGAACAUGGUCUCGCUGGACAUGGCGAACAAGACGUCCUACGAGUACCACAGCUACCUGGUGAACGUGGUGAAGCAGAGAGAGGACCUGGAGGGCUUCGACAAGUACCUGCACGACCUGACGGACAACGGAGUCUCAGUGCCGCUGAAGUUGGUGAGCGUGAGGAACAACGGACACGUCACGAACGUGCCCUCGCUGGAGGACCUGGUCUACUUCGUGUACGUGUACAUGAGCGAAGACGAGCCGCUGCUCCUGGAGCUGCACACGUCUUCGCCGGAGAGGUCGGACUACGACUACUACUACUUCGGAAACACGCUGGGAAACUGGGAGCUGCUGGAGAACCCGUCGCUGGGACAGCUGGACAAGGCGAAGCUGAAGGAGGCGCUGCUGGCGUACAAGGACAAGAUGUCGAAGACGUACAAGGUGGACCUGCUGAGGAAGUUCACCUACAGGCUCACGAACGAAGCGAACGCGAAUUACGUGUUGGAUGCAGCAGUGGAAGAGGAUCCGCUGCCCGCGUCAGUGGUGCCCACAACAGCGGAGAACGCAAGUGACGCCGCAGCCGACUCGACGGCCACAGGAGGGCAGCCGAGGACAGCAAGGCUGACGACCUACCAGACGCUGAAGGCGAACGCCUUGAGAGCAGUGAACACGAUGGCUGCGAACCUGCCAGUAGCAGGCAAGUUCGUGCUCGGCGAAGCGGUGCUGAGAGGACUGGCAGUGGACACGCUGCUGAAGGCGAACGUGUACUGGUACCACGACAAGUCGCCUGCGCUGGUGCACGUGAACAACGGAGUGGACAACAAGUACUACGUGAAAAAGGGAAAAACGUUCGUGCUCUCGAGGAAGGGCGCACUGCCGCUCGCGAGGUCGGAGCUGGUCUCGCUGCUGAACGAGGCGAGAGAGAAUCUGGCAGAGCCAGUGGACCUGGACCUGGACAAGAGCAGCGACUUUGACACGCACGUGAAGUACGUGUCGAACGGGCUGACGCUGAAGGUAGUGCCGACGUACUCGCUGGGAGAAGGAUUCAAGGGCUUCAAGCACUUCUCAGCAACACACUACGAAAGAGCGUUCAAAGUGGCAACGAUGAGUCUCUGGGGAGACGUGGUGCUAAACAAACUGCCGAAGGGACACGUUAAGUCAGCAACAGUGUUCACGGACGGAGAUCUGCUGCCGCUGGCAGUGGAGCUCGAGUGGACGGUGGUGAACAACAUGAGCUUCGUUAAAAAGUACAACUACUGGAAGAACACGGGAGGAGCGACCUGGGUGGCACACGCAACAGCGAACGCAUCAGAGAGAAUGGUGGACGACGACCUGCUGACGAUGCUGAAGGCAGCGAAGACUGAAUUGGGAGCGCGAGUAGUACUGUCACUAGAUAAGAGGGCUAACUACGGGACGGCGCCACUGGUAACAGUGGCAGUAGAGCCGACCUCGAGGCCGGAAAACUGGAACGGAUUCCACAGAGUGACGCACUCGUACACGAACGCAGCAGCGAGAGUGGUGAUGCUGAAGCUGGGAGACAGAGUGCUGAGGACGCUGCACGUGGCGACCUACGUCAAGGCAGUGGACACGUACUGGUUCAAGAACGCGCUGCUGCUGGUGAGAGCAACAGUGGCAGGAAACACAGCAGCAGGAACAGCAGGCACGGCGGCGUCGCCAGACACAUACAUGUACUUCAAGAACGACCACAAGGAUGACCUGAUGGCAGUAGAUGCACCAGCAGACGCAACCGCCGCAACGUUGAGCGUGACGACGCCACACGCGCUGCUGGCGCAGCUGGCGGUGCCCUUCAGAGACCACUACCACCUAGAUGUGGCCGAGAAGACGCUGAAAAACGCAGUGGGAUUCGUGAAGCUGCUGCCAGCACUGCACGUGGUGGAUACGUCGGUGCCGCCUGGCUACGCAAGGUACAACCUGUACGUGCUGGACCACGUGCAGGGGCUGGAACUGGGGAAAAUGCUCUACCACGGAAAGGACUUCUCGACGGGCAACUUCAGCAUGCCGACGGGAAGAGUGCACAGCGUGUACGCCUUUAGCCCGGUGGGCCACUUCUCGCCGCUCUUCCUGGAGCUGCACGUGAGGGGGCGCGAGGGGCUGGUGCUGCACUACUACCACCUGAACCAGCACGGAGACUGGAUGAAGCUGGAGACGGGAGGACGGAGGCUGACGCACGCAGAGCUCUACGGAAAACUCUCGCUGCUGAGCACGAAGUUCGGAAACGUGACGGUGGUGGACCUGGCGAAGACGGAGGGAAGCUACUACGGCCUUAACAAAAUGGACGUGACGAAGUACGAGUUCCCAGGAGCGCAGGGCUUCAACAAGUACCUGCACAGAGCGCACGACGCGGCGGCCUUCACAGUCUCCAAGUUCGUGAACAAGGGAGUGGUGCUGGCAAACCUGCCGGUGCUCAAGGUGCUGCACGUGGCAGUCUACACGACGCGCGACAACAGGCCGAUGCUGCUGGAACUAAAGGUGGGAGGACGCUACAGGUUCUUCGCCUCGAACGCGAACGGAGAGUGGUUCGAGGAGAGGCUGCCGUCAGGAGACCUGCGCGCAGCACUGGACGCAGUCUACGACGAACACAACGAAGUGGCGAGGCUGACAGGUGACCUGGUGACGCUGCACCUGCACACAGGCUUCGUGCGCGAGUACGUGCUCACGGAGGGCACAGUGGCUGACUACGAAGGAGCAGUGGCAGUGGUGGAAGAUGAGCCGGAGCCAGAGCCUGCGCCGCCAGCAGAGAGGCUGCUGCCAGAGGACCCGGAAUCAGCGGAGCCGACAGUGCAGGCGCCAGCAGGAGCAGCAGUGGUGAAGACGGUGCUGGCGCCGCUGCCGCCUGUGAAGAGGUCGCACGUGCUCAACCCUGAGACGUUCGUGGAGUCGGACAGGCUGGCCUACAGCUACGCCUCGCACGGAAAGUCGGUCUACGUGGCGAGGAGAGACGAGGUGUUCAGAGGCCUCAACGUGACGGUGCACAGGCUGGCAAACUCGGAGCCGUUCACGCUGAGGAGGCUGGUCUUCCUGGGAAGGCAGUUUGACCUGGGCCUGGGCGCGGAGAAGUUCCUGUCGUCGACGCUCUUCGCGUACAUGAACAAGCCGCUGGUGCUUAAGCUGGUGGCGCUGGCGGGCGGCGAGAAGUACUACGCGUUCGACUUCGGCACGCAGGACUGGACGCCCUUCGAGGCGGCGGACCUGGAGGCGAAGCUCGACGAGCUCAACUACAAGGAGAACAAGACGCUGGUGCUCGACCUGGCGAAGGAGGAAGGCUACACGGUGAACACGCACGAGCUGGUGGUGUCGAAGGCGACGUUCGCGACUGCAUUCACGAAGGUGACGACGAAGCUCAAGACGGCGGUUCAGGAGGCGGAGGUGCGCAAGGCGAAGAGGAAGAAGGUGCGGGCGAAGCGCGAGGUCUACAAGCGCGAGCUGCACGCGGAGAUGGAGAAGAAGAAGGCGGCGCUCGACAAGAUGGCCGCUGAGGCGGAGCGCCGGAAGGCGACGCUGCAGACCUUCAGGACGACCUGGAAGACGCUGAAGCCGGCGGAGCUGGAGCAGUUCGUGCAGCUCGAGGCGAAGGUGAAGGCGCUCGAGGACCUGAGGGCCGAGGUGGCGGCGCUGGAGCCGAAGGUGGAGAACGCGCGCGGCACCGAGGCCUUCGCCGACCUCUCCAAGGCGCUCGAGGCUAAGAAGAAGGAGCUGGCGGCGCUGCAGCCCGCGGUCGACGCGGCGCUUAGAGCGGCCGAGUACAUGACGGACGCGCAGGUCGACGAGCUCGAUGUCCCGAACGCAGCGGAGCUGAAGACGGCGCUUGAGGGCGCGGACGCGGCGGUGAAGGCGUUCAGAAAUCGUCUGGACGUCAAGGCGAAGGUGGGCACGGCAGUCGAGAAGGUUAAGGAGUUUAAGGAUGCUCUUGGCGACGUUUCUACUUUAUCCGACCUUAAGUCCAAGCUUGAUCCUGCUGCAACUAAGCUCGAGGGUCUGAAGGAACCCGGAGAUAAUAAAACAUUGGACCUGGCCGCCGUGCUCGUGGUUGUCAACGAGCUCAAACCCCUACUUGUUUUGGACAAGAAUGCUUUGGGCACUCCUGCCGAUCAAGACAAAAAAACUAAGUUUGAAGCAGCUGUCACCGCCGUCGACGACCUCAAAUCGCAUGCCGAACUUGCCAAGAAGCUAGAAGAGGCACAAGCACCCGCAGUAACUGAUUUCACAGAACUGUCCAAGAAGCCAGACGAAGCAGCCUUGCUAUUGGAGAAGGUCAACGCAGCACUGCAACUGGCCAAUACAUUUGAUAAGAACCUCAGAUUUGGAGAUAAACUUAAGGAUGCUGAUGCCAAGUUGAAGACCGUUGAGGAGAUGGUUCCACUCGUGGAAGUUUUGAAGACCACUUUGGAUGGUUUGGGUACUUUGUCCGAACCUGAUGCUACAAAGGUUAAAGCUCUGAAGGAUGCUCUUCCGACGUUUGCCAAGUUUGGUCAAGCACACGUAUUGGCAAAGAAAUACAAGGACGCGUUCGUCGCAGGAGCCGAUCUUAACGCUGAACUGACAAUGGCAGCAUUGGACACCGGUAAAUCACUUUUCGAAAAGGCUGUGGGACUCCUCGGUGAGCUUAAAACACUACCCGAUUCCACAGAGACUUCGCAACUAAAGGAAGCUGUCAAGUACGUAACUGAACCCAAGGCUCCAAAUCAGAAGGUAACCAAUCCAUUUGAGGAACUGAAAGAAACACUUCUGGCUCUGAAAGUGGAACUUCCAGAACUUGACCAAGAUGUUAAGACUAAACUUGGAGAAGUAGAAACAGAAUUUGAUAAGGUAAAGGCACUGCCGACACUUGCAGCUGGCCUAAAGAGAGAUCUGGAUGCAGUGUCAUUGGCAGGCGUGACAGAACCAAACGGGUUAGUGGAUAAGGUUAAUGAACUGAAGGCGAAACUUACAGAAGAAAAUUUGACUAAGUUGAAGACUGCAUUCCAUUCUUCACUGAAGCUCAAGAACGAACUCAAGGACGCGUUCGAUUUGGAAACAGCUACUGUCACAGAUGUAAAGAACAACCUCGAAGCUGCAAACACAGUAGCCACCGAACUUAAGAAUGCCCUCACAGCUGUCCCAGAAGUUACAGAAGAAGGAGCAUCUGAGCCUCUUAAGAAGCUGAAGGCAGCUUUAGAUAAGGCAGCAAAGCUGAAGGAAGCCGACAGUCCAUUUGCAACACUUAAGACCAAGGUCGAGGCGUUCUCAGCUCCAGUGAGGCAUGAUUCCACUAAGGCAGUUGCCUAUAGACUUAAGCAAUUGGCAGAUGCAUCAGCAAAACUGACCAAAGAAUUGAAAUCGGAAGCGACAGUGACACUUGAGAUGGCAGAAGAUGUAGUGAAGAAAAUGGCAAACGGACACGCGGCCUUGGUUAAGCUUGAUGAAGCAUACGUGUAUGCAGCUAAAUUUAAACCAGUUUACGAAACACUUAGCACCUUCAGUGGAGAAAAUAUGGAUGCAGCAAAGUAUAAGAGUUUACAAGAACUAGUAGCAAAGCUGAAAGAAGCACUCGUCAACGUGGUUAAGUUGAAGGAAGGUUACGUGGCACUAAAGCUCUUUAAAGCACAGUUGGUGACAGAGAACAAGUUGGACGAGGCAGUCACCGCGGCCGAGGCAUUCAAUGAGCUAUUCAAUGUAUCAACUGAACUCAGUACACAAGUAACGACGUUGGAGGGCUUCAAUCCUUUGGCGACUGAUCCAGAUUAUACUAAAGCCAAAGAUGUCGUAACAGAACUCAAGAAGCACGUUGAGAAGAUGAAUUUGGAUUCGAAAGUAACUACCGUUAAAACGAUAGUAACAGAGACACAGAAGGCACUGAGUGAGGUGGCAUCAACGCUUCUGAAGUUGGGUCUGAUGGUGGGAAAGCGUAAGUAUAAGAAGUACCUGGUGGAUUUGGGCAAGGCGCAGAACAGUUACGACCUGGCGAAGAUGAGGCACGACAGGUACGACGUGGACCCGGAGACGCUGGAUUCAGACGAAGAUGCGUCGACGCUGACGAAGCUGAUGUUCGUUUUGGGAGGAUUGAGGCACGGAGGAAAGAACCUGAGUCACGCAGGGUUGCCGCUGGGAACACACGUGCACACAGUUAACGCGUUCUACGCACCGAACCUGGAAAAGCCGCUGAUGCUGCAGUUUAAGUACAGAGAAAGCGAAGACGAAGAUGAGCCUGUGCCACAAGUACUACUGGUGCCACCGACGGCAGAUUCACUGACGGAUUCGCAAGCAGUGGCAUCGACAGCGAGACCAGGAGCAACAGCGACGGCAGAGUCAGGAACAGUGCGGCAAGUGGAGAAUUUACUGGCACAUGCGGUGAGUCACACGCCAGACAGAGUGGCGACGGAGAAGGCAGGAGUGCUGCCACCAGUUGAAGCGCCAGUGGUGGCAGGAGUGGCGUCAACAGUCGCCGGAGCAGCUGGGGCACCUGGAGUAGCUGGAUCUGUUGGAGCACAGGCAACUGGAGUAACUGGAUCUACAGGAGCUGUACAACCAGCUCAAGGAGCACAAGCAACCGCAUCAACUGGAGCUGUAGUACCAGGUGCGGCAGGAGCAGGACAACCACAAGGAGCUGCAUCAGCUGGAGCAGUACAAGCAGGACAACAGGCACAACAACAAGCAGCACAAGGACCCGCAACAGCGUUAGUCUCAGCACCACUAACAACAGAGGCAGCAUUGGCACCGCCACUGCCAGUAAGCGAAGGACCAAGUCCGCCUGAAAAGGAAGCAGAAAUGAAGAAGUUUAGCUACCCAGGAAGAUUCUUUGUCUAUGAUGUGGAUGGAACGUGGAAACCGUUCGUGCCGGAGAAGAGAGGAGCACUCAGAGAAAAAUUGGAAGAACUGAAAGUUAAGCACGCACUGGGAGUCAACUUGGACGUGGGAGUGGUGCCAGGAGCAAGAAGAGAGCUGGUGCACGCAGUUAACGGAGAGAACAUGAAGGUGAGAAGAGUGCUCUACAACAGCGGCUACAACAUGAACAGAGAAGCAGGACAGCUGCAAGGAACGGCAGCGAAGGCGCACGUGGUUAACCUGAGCGACUACGACAGGAGCGUGGCCUUCUUCCCGCCGCUCAAGUACGAGUGGUUCGUGCACCAGAGGCAGCCGAAGACGCUGGUGGACAACAGCUUGGAACAGCUGCCGGAGUUCAAACUGGAGAGACUGAGUCUGAACGGAGUGACACUGCCGCUGACGGAGGAGGCGUCAGACGUGCUGACGAGUCUGAAUUCGCUGUCGGUGGUGGUGAACGAGCUGGGGACGCCGCUGCUGCUGUUCGCAUACAAGACGACGAGGCACGAGGCAGUGCUGCAGCACACGUACAAGGCGCUGGCACUGAAGGGAGAGGUGUACGACGUGGAUGACACGUUCGGCAACUACCACAACCUGCUGUACAAAGUGGAGCACACAGAUUACUCGUGGAACUCGGAUCAGGCGUUUGACUCGUUCAACACCGCAGUGAACGCGAGGCUGGCGGAGCUUAACGCAAGGCUCGAGCCGUACUACGUGGUGGACCUGGGCGCGGCGGCGCACUACAUGAGAGGCCAGGUGGUGGUCAACGUGGAGGUGGCGGAAGCAUUCGGAGUGAGGCACGUGUCCUACACGCCGGGACUGAUGCCGCUGCAGGGCGAGGAGCUGCAGACGGCAGUGCCGCCGUUCGUGGUGCAGAAGGUUUUCCUGGGCGAGACGGCGUUCAAGGGCUUCAACCUGCCCUUCAGAGACGCGCUGCACGUCUCAGCCUUCUUCGCGCCGCUGCACUACCCGCUGGCCGACGAGGCCAAGGCGACCUCGGCCACCAAGUUCCCGCUGCUGGUCGAGUUCUCAUACAGGAACAGGUUCAACAGGCUCGAGCACUUCUACUACCACUACGUGGGCGGCGACGCCUUUGAGCUGCUGACGAGGACGAAGCUGAGGCUGACGGCCUCGGAGGUGGCGGACGUGGUGAGGCUGGUGGCGUACCGCAACCUGAGGGCCGGAAGGUUCAGCUUGUCGAGGCUUAACCUGGACCUGGCGGUGAAGAGCGCGCACGUCACGCCCGGCCACCAGGUGGCGGUCGAGAAGCUGGUGAAGGGCGCGCCGGGCCCAGGUCAGGACGUGCUGAACGCGACCGUCCCCGACGGGUACGUGGUCUACAAGUACUCGGUGGCAGCUAACGACCCUGGCUUCACGGUGCUCUCGCUGAGCUUCGCGAACGUGUGGAGGUUCGCGCCGGCGCUCCACAGCUACAAGGUUUUCUACGCGUACGUGCGGGAGACCGACGCAGUGCCGGUGCUCGUGGCUGCGUCCUACACCGAGGCGGCCUCGGCUGAGAAGAAGUACGUCUGGGUGGGCUACGACGGCGCUGCGGCGGCCGCGGUGCUGACGACAGCGCCCCCGGAUCCGACGUCGGUCACGUUCGUGCCCAAGGUCCAGGAGGAGCUGGGAAGGCUGACGGCCCAGGUUGACUUUUUGCUGCAGCCGCGGGCCUUCCCGCUGUCGCGAGUCGACGCGGGCGCGACGGUGAAGCUUUCGCCGGUGGGCGGCGUGCGCGGGUUCCCCGAGGUGCCCCCAUCGGCGGCAGCAGCCGCAGCAGCGGGCGUUAAGCCUGGGGCUACUGUGACUCCAGGCGUGAAGACACCGGGAGCGGCAACACCGGCAACAACUAAGGCGCCAGCGACCACAACAGUUGUGACUACACCUAAAGUAACAGUACCUGGUCCACAGGUGCCUGCUGGUCCAACUACACCGACUCCACCUCAAACAUCCACAACUGUUGUAACUCAAGCUCCAACACAGGCACCUACUAGUUCACCCACUACACCGGUAUUACCCGCGUCUGGUUCACCAUCCCCUGGUGUUGGAGGCGCUGGAGUUGGAGCAGACGGAACUGUUAGGACCUGCACAACAGUUGAAAAUCCAUCUGAAUCAGCUGCUAGGACUGAUGGAGCAUCCGGGGCAGGCGCUGGAGGUCCUACAGACUCAGCAGGUGGUGGAGUACAAACUGACAGGACACAACAGACACAACAAGAAGUCCCUGGACAACCUUCAUCCCCAGGUAGUGGAACACAAGUUGCGAACGCAGAACAACAACAGCAGCAACAACAACAACAACAGGUUAGUUCCGGACAAACUACUCUUAAUCCAGAACAACCAGCAGGAGGCGGCUUAGGCAGUGGAGGACAAACAGAUAAUUCAGUAUCACAACCAAACCAAGGAACUGGAAGUGACCCAACUAACGGUCUCCCAGGGCCGUCUAACAGUCAAGACCAGUCACAAGCAAGUCAAGAAACCGAAACUGAACAAUCUAAUGGCACUUCAGGACAGCAACUUUCCACCGAUCAAGUGACAUCACAUGGAAGUGGAGGAGGCAAUGGAUCACCAAGUAGCACCACUCAAGAAAACGGUGGAGUGCAAGCUGCUGCCAGUUAA